UUAUUGUAAAAUUAACAAUGAUAGUUUCAUUAUUAUAUUUUCAGUGUCUUUAAACAUGUCGUCUCUGAUAGAACACAUAAAAGAGUUUGUCGCCUGGGCUGAAAGUAAACAAGAUCCUCGUGUGAAAGAUUGGCCGAUGAUGUCAUCACCUGUACUGCCUUACACCCUCUCAGCGUUGUAUUUAUUAAUAGUAUGGAAGGGCCCACAUAUGAUGAAAAACAAGAAAGCGUAUGACUUGAAGUAUUUUAUGUUUGCAUAUAACAUCUGUCUUGUAGCGUUGUCAUCAUUUAUGUUUCAUGAGUUUAUUAUAACUGCCUGGCCAAGACCUGGAUUUAGCUGGGCAUGCGCUGAUAUGGACUAUAGUGAUGAUCCAAUGGCAGUUAGGCUUGCAGGAGCAUGUUGGUGGUUUUUCUUCUCAAAGUUUAUUGAAUUCAUUGACACGUUUAUUUUCAUAUUGAGGAAAAAAAGUAACCAGAUCUCGUUUCUCCAUGUGUAUCACCAUUCAACUAUGCCCAUACUUUGGUGGAUUGGUGUCAAGUUUGUACCAGGUGGACAGUCGUUUUUUACAGCAAUGUUCAACAGUUUAAUUCAUGCUAUCAUGUACAGCUAUUACUUGUUGUCGGCUCUAGGACCUGGAAUGAAACCAUACUUGUGGUGGAAAAAAUAUCUUACUUCACUACAACUGGCACAGUUUAUACUGGGAAUGUUCCAGACAUUAACAGGUCUAUUUGUUGGAUGUAACUACCCAAAGGGAUAUCUCUAUGCAUUGGUUAUCUAUUUGUUUUCUCAUCUAGUCCUCUUCAGUAACUUUUUCAAGAAAACUUACCUCAAGCCGCGUAAGACUAAGCACAAGCAAUUGCAUAGCAACGGUCAGAGCAGUGACAACCAAAAUGGAUAUUACAACCUCAAAAAGACAUCAAAACUAAUUGGAAAAGAACUGUGA